AUGGAAAAACCCUAAAUGUUAGGAGCAGGUGUCGUAGUGACUUGCGAUCGAUGUAAUGAGCCAUUUGAUGAGGAGUCUCGAGUGCCUUGCAUCCUACCUGACUGUGCUCAUACAUACUGCUCAUUUUGCAUAUAGGAUAUAAUUGAAGAUACUGAGGAGAAAAAAUGCCCAAUAUGCCAGACUCCAAUAGGUGACGAUCGUCAAGCUGAAGAUUUCAGGAUAAAUUAUAAAUUGCUAAGUCUUCUUUUGAAUCCAGGCACUGUCUAGUUGUCUAAUAUCUUUCCUUGUGGCAAGCAUCCUGAUAAGCCCAUCGAAUACUUUUGCAAGGCUUGUUCUUUAGCAGUCUGUGUGAAAUGCAUUUACGAUGAACAUAAUGGCCAUAACUUGGUCUAAGUUGAAGAAAUGUCCAACACAAUCAAGUAAAAUAUCACUGAUUUAUUGAAAAUGAUAAUGAAUUCAAGGAGACUGACUUAAGAUAACUUAUAGUUAUUAGAAUAAGCAAGAGAUGAAUUGAAUAAAUUAUUGGCUUAGCAAAUUAAGAACAUUGAAUAAGGGUUUUAAGAUUUAUUAAGAAGACUUGAAGAGAAAAAAUAUGAGAUAGUCAUUGACUUUGAAAAGUAAGAUUCAGUUUGGGAUAACGAUUAAUUCAGUAAAUAUAAAAGAGAAGAUCAAAGAUUGAUUACCAUUCAAAAUAAUCUAGAAAGGAACAAAGAAGAAAUAGGGAGUAUUGAAAAGAUAUUUAUGGAGUUGAUCAAUUUCGUUGAUUAGAGCUCAGCUGCUUAGAUACUGAUGAAAGUUCAAGAUGUGACCUCAUUUUUACAUAAAUCUUUCACUGAUCUUGAGAACAUCACCAAAAUAUAACUUUAGGAGAAAAAUGACAUUUAUAUCUAGCCAGGAUUCAGACCUCAGUAUUUGAACACAACAAAGGCACUGGAUCUAAUCAAGAAAUUUGAAAUGAUUGCGGCAGGGAACGACUAGUUCAAUGCUUUUGAAUUAAAGUUUUUAAAACAGCCAAAUCCUAUGGAUAAAAAUGACAGUGGAGUGCCUAUGUCAAUGAUGACUUCUCAAUAGAUUAAGGAGAAUUUUACUCUUGGAUAGCUUGGAUAAAAGUCGUCAGCUAAGCCUCCUUAAUAAAAGAGAGAUGUAACAAAUAAUGAGACUGGUGGUUACGAAGAUGAUGCAGAAAAUGCGACACAAAAUUCAGAUCAAAGUACAAGAGGUGCAGGAGUGGGAACUGGAUAAACUUAGAAUUCUAGAAAUCAUACAAAUCAAGGAUAUCAGUAUGUAAGCUAUGAUGAUGGCGAUGAAGAUAAUCCAGGCUAGGAUAAUGUAAAGAGACUAAAUAACGUAAUCGAACAAAACAGAACUUAGAAAUUUUCAUAAGCAGAAUUCAACUAGGCAAAUAAUUUACUCACUUCUGCUCCAAAAAGAAAGACAUAAUAAAAUGACUAAAAAUUUGAUGCUUUUGACUAGAUCACAGGAAAAGUUUAGACCAAUCUAAAAAUUGGGAGAUAGCAUAUGUUUGAUGACCAAAUAACAGAUGUAAUUUAUUUGUAUGGUCCAAGAACUGAUGUUUACUAUUUCAAGUUGGGUACUGGUGAAUGGGAGAACAAAGCACUGGAGAAGAGCAGUGAAUUCUAGGGUGGAAUAAAGAGUUUUAGUUUCUGUAACAUAGGGCAAUAGAAAUCUUUUAUGACUGGCGGGGUAAUGAUAUCAACCUGCAUGCCAUUGCAAGUUGUAUAUGAAUUUAAUGGGGCUAAUAUGUUUCAAAGCAUUAAAAAAAAGAAUAUGAUAAGUAAGAGGUAUGGGCAUUGCUCAUUAGUAAUAAAAGGAAAUGUUUAUAUAUUGGGAGGAUAUGGCCACAAGGAUGCCCCGGGAGAGAAUACCUUAACUCUUUCCCAAUGCGAGAAGUUUAACUUGUCUGCAAAUAACUGGGAAAAUAUAAGCAAUAUGAAUUAAGGAAGAGUGUAUUUUGCUUCAUGUGCUCUAGAUGAUUAGUACGCCUAUAUUUUUGGGGGUAUUCAUGAUUACCAAUUUCUAAGCAACAUUGAAAAAUACGAUGCGAUUACAGAUACAUGGAUAUCUCUCUAUUUCAAAUUGCCGGCUCCUCUAUCUAAACUAGCAGUAAUUGCCUAUGAUAAAAAGAAUAUUUUGAUUAUGGGAGGUAUGACUGCAGACUAUGAGCCUUAGUCUUCAGUCUACAAUUUAGAUAUUAAUUCUGCCAAGUUUAUUAAAAAAGCAUCUAUGAGAAAUGAAAGGCUUUUGGAUGGAGGAGUCUUUUAUUCUAGAGAUGGUCAUAUUUAUGCAAUGAAUGGAUGCUUUACAGAUUUUACUUGUGAAAGAUUUAGCGUAACUGGAAAUAAAUGGGAAUAUAUACCUUCAUAUCAAGUAGUUACAAAUCAUAAGCCAAUAAAUGAUUUUAUUGGAAUCAUAAAAUAUUGA